AUUCAGUCGCAUAUUCCUCUAAUAUGUUAAGUAGCUGAGGUUUGUGCAGCCCCUAGGGUUGUAAGCUGAUUAGCUGGCUGCUCCAUCCCACGCUGCUCCUGGAGGGAGGAGAUUUGGAGCUAAAAUAACCCCUAAGUCCUCUCGGCAACAUGUUUACAGGUAGAACGAGAGAGGUUGGCUUCAGCUUUUUUUGGGAUGUGACGACCAGCUCUCCGGAUGGUUCUCCAUUGCAGCUGAAGUCUAAGAUCUUAACCAGGAUACUUAACCUGAUUUCAUGCAUGUGUCUGUAGGAGCGUGCGUACGAGCUCUGGAACGGGUCUUAUUCUUUGUUUCCAUGCCGACCCUCAGGAUGGUGUGAGUGUGUUGUCUUUGGUGGGCUGAAGGCAGCGAGGUAUCCCGCAGUCCUGAGCACUGCUAGCAUGCCUGUGCAUCAGAUAUCCGUUGUGCCCAUCACCAAGGAGACUGCCAAUAGUUCCAGCCGGAAUAGAGACAAGAGUAAAGAGAAUGAGGGUGAGAAGGCACGUGGGCGAUCAGGAAGUCGUUCCAGCAAUAUAUCUAAGGCGAGCAGUUCCACCCCAGGAGCCGUGCUGAACAGUGUCUCUCAAACAUCAGUUACACCGUCCUCACAGGACAUAUGCAGCUCUAGUGGUCACGCUAAACUUGAAGUAGAUGGCUCAGAUCAUACACCCGUCAUGCCCAUAAACCCCGCCUCCGACUCCACCACCACCGCAAAGCGGCAGGUCAAACGCCGUCGCCGGCGACGGGAGAGCACCGGGACCGUUGGGUGUGCAACAGAGUGUGUGGACCAACCGAGACAUUCACGGUUGCAUAAGCAAACACACACACACUCUGACUCCUCCUCAGAGGACGAGCAGCGCUGGAGAGAAGCUCGCUCCUGGAGCCGCCAGAAAGCGCGACGGAGACGCAGCAGCAGCCGACACACGCAAGCGCAUCCCCGUGAGGAACAAGACGCCACUAAGCUCAUGUCUGUCAACUCAGACGAGGGACAGAAAGAGAACCAGCCACCACUGUGCAAGGGCCCCAACACCAGGGCCCAUAAAAAGUUGUCAAAACGGGAGGGGCGUGGAGGCCAAAGCCAGGCAGCCAAUCACAGAAAAGGGAAUGAGCGUGGUAGUAAUAGGAGUGGAAGUGAGGAGGAAGAGCCUAUUACAAAGACGUAUGAAGAGAGAGGUUCAGGAGACCCAGAUAUGUCUGUCCCGUCCCCUUGUAAAUGCACUAUUUCCACCAAUCAAAAUGGUGCUACGCAACAAGCAUGCACUGAUGAUGAACUAGAGGUGUGCAGGAUCUGUCACUGUGAAGGUGACGAGGAGUGUCCGCUCAUCACCCCUUGCCACUGUACAGGAAGUUUGCGUUUUGUGCACCAGGGCUGCCUGCACCAGUGGAUCAAGAGCUCCGACACACGCUGCUGUGAGCUGUGCAAAUAUGACUUCAUCAUGGAGACACACCUUAAGCCUUUGCGCAAGUGGGAAAAGCUACAGAUGUCUACAAGCGAGCGGCGGAAGAUCUUCUGUUCUGUGACUUUUCACCUGGCUGCUGUGGUUUGUGUCAUCUGGUCACUCUACGUUCUGAUUGACCGCACAGCUGAAGAGAUGCGCCAAGGCAAGAACAAUGCGUUGGUGCGUUUGUCCCCUCUCAAUGCCGUAGGGGUGCUGGAUUGGCCAUUCUGGACCAAGCUCAUCGUGGUGGCGGUUGGCUUUACUGGAGGACUCAUCUUCAUGUACAUUCAAUGCAAAGUCUACCUGCAGCUCUGGAGGAGGCUGAAGGCUUUCAACAGGAUCAUCUUUGUACAGAACUGCCCCGACACUGUCCGCAAUGGAGAGAACAGGCCGCCCCCGGUCACUCAGAGCAACGGCACGCACGGGACAGCGGAGGCUCCCGCUCCUCAGACACAAACAAACACAGGAGGAGCGGAAAUGACCCCUGUUUGACGAUGGAUGCUUGGUGCUCUGAAUCUCAGUAGCUGAAAUGUUAAGGAAAGGGCUCCCUCCUGGUUUAUUUGACCAAAGUGAUGAGAUUUACAUAUAACAAAAGCACUUUUUUAAUUUUUAUUAGAGGGUGGGUAAACUUAUAUAAGAAGUUUAUAUAGGGCUGUCAAAUUCUAACAUUAAAGGAAUAGUUCACCCCAAAAUAAAGAUUUUGUCAUCGUUUACUCACCCUC